GAUGGUCGUAAACACUGCUGAGGAUGAUUUUUGGUUGCCUUGUUCUGUGCACUACCCCAACAACCCGUGCGGUGAUGGCGAGGAAACCCCGUUGACAAGGCACUGCUUUUUCAUGACGGUGUCAUGGAUGAUGAGGACGAUCGCCAUCUUCUUGAUAUUUUAGGAGAUGUGGAUGCUUUGAAUGACUAUCUCCAUGGCAGCAACAGCAAGUCUAUUGAGGAGGAUGAUGUAACAAAUGCAGCUUACGGGUCGGAUGGGUCCUUCUUUUCUAGUGACACGGCUGGCUCCAACUCUGGCCUCAAGGAUGGCUCUUCUACAAUGGGAGAUUUCGGCGAGGAUUCAACAGGGGCAGGCCUCCAGCUCUCCGGUAGCCUUUCAUUUAUCGAGGAUGAAUUGGGGCCUGGGAAUUCUCCCGGAGGGGUGGAUCUUGGGAGCGAGGACCAACCCUUUGACAUCCUACAGAAGUCCCUUAUGGAGGCCGACAUCACAGAGCAGACGUUGGCUCAGGAGGCCUUACUGGACUCCCAGCCCGCCCCCACUCUGGUGCAGGCUCCGGUACCCUUCCCCUCCCAGCUGGUUUCUGGGGGGGGUUAUGGCGGAGGAGUUGUAACCACGGCGACAGCUGCUUUCCCAACAGGCCAGUUCCUACAAGGGGUGUCCCCGCUGCCCAACGGCUCCGCCCAGCACAUCCAGGUGUUGGGCUCGUUCGGGGCGGGGAGUGGUGUGAUGACUCUGAGCAACUUGGAGAGAUCUCCCCAGCUCGUGUUGAGGCCCGGUGCGCCUGUAGCGUCAGGGGGGGCCACAGCAGGGGGGCAGGUGUUCGCCCCUACCCAAGGGCAGGUGGGCCUACCUUACAAAAACAUCCCCCUUCAAAACAUCAUCAUCCAGAGAGGCCCGGGGGGGACCCAGACUCUUGUUAGACCCAUCCAGCCUAAACCCCUCCAAACCGGGGCUCAGACUGUGUACAGCCUUGGUCUUCAGCACACUUCCACCACCAUGGCUAAUGUAGUGAACGCUAACAUGGCUUCUCCUGGGGGGCAAUACACAGCCAAUGGCUCUAUCGUAGUGCAGCCAUCACUGGAGCAGCAGCAAGCGCAGGCCCAGACAAACUUACAGCCUGGACAGUUCUCAAACCCCCUGAUUACCAAUCAGAACGCUGUGCAGAUUGUUCAGGGGCAGAACUUUACUCCACAGCAGGGAGGACAGCUCAUUUUGAACCAGGGAUUAGUCUGCAGGAGUCAGGUUGGAGGGGGUGUAACUCAAACAUGGACAGGGGUUUCUUGUGCGAACCCAGCCCCCAUGCAGACGUCGUGCUCUACCGGGCGGCUGACUCUGGUGGGUCCAGCAACGACAGGGAUCGGCGGUCAAGGCCAAGUGCAGGGGGGCCACGUUCAGCGCCUUCUGGUCACUCAAACUCAGAAUUUCACUUCCCUGUCACCUUUAGCCAGUACUGGGACACAGGAAGACUACAGACAGAAUUCUUCAUCACCUGCCCUCAAUCAGGUGCAGCUCAGCAGCAUCCAUGCCAUGACAACAAUGACUCAAGACUCAAAUAUGAACUCUCAGAUCAGUGCUCAGAAGAGACCUGCCCUUCCACCACUUACAAGAGGAGAAAUGAUUUUACAACAGUUGAAGAAUGAUCAUGCUGGAGUUCAGACUAUAGAUCUGCGUCGAUUCAAUUCAAUCGAUGAUGCACUGCAGAAAAUCCUCCCGUACCACGUGUUCCAGGGAACUCCACCCAGCCAGGAGGAGUUCUCACAGGUGGAUGAAGAAUUUGAAGUAGUUGCAACCCAAGUGCUGAAGAGGACUCAUGCUAUGGUUAACAAAUACAGACGGCUACUUAUGGUGGAAGCGGAGCGUUCCAGUCCGUCAUCAGAAAUGGUGAUGAUUGACAGGACGUUCAACCAAGAGGAGCGCAGCAACCUGACACAAGACAAGCGCAUGGUACUAGUGGAUCCAGGAGUAUAUUGA